AUGUCCCCUUUAUUCAAGUGGCCUUCUUACUCUCGACUGGACCCGCCAAGAGGACCUGCUAUUGAGAUCAUGAAAAUCAUCUUGGACAAGCUCAAUAUGUGCUACGAGUUCGUCGUUCCUGCAGACGGAUUAUGGGGAACGCCCUUCCCUAAUGGGUCCUGGAGCGGCAUGAUGGGGAUGCUCCAGCGAAAGGAGGUGGACGCGGCCGUCGGCCCCUUCGCCAUCACGUUGGCGAGGGCCAGUGUUGCCGACUUCAGCGCCCCGAUUUUAGUAGACGAAAACGUCCCUUUCUUCCUUCGCCCGAAGAUCGAGCCCGACCUCUUUGGCUUCACCAAACCAUUUACUCUUUCGGUAUGGUUUGCGAUCUUCUCAUCCAUGUUCGUAGUGACAGCAUCUGACCUUGUCCUGCAAACUCUUGGUGGAAACAGCUGCAUCUGGGUAUUGCUUAUUCAAGGACCAAAUGUCUUCCGCAUCUGUAGGUUCGAGCGACAGCGAAACAUUUCUGGGUCUAAGGCGACUAAGAACCAACGAUCCUGGCUGUGGGGCUUCAUGGUCUUGCUUGGACAAGAUCGACUUGGCAAAGUAUCUGUGCGUACUGUGUUUGCUCUAUGGAUGCUUACAGCGUUCAUCAUUGCAACCGUCUACAAGAGCAAUCUGAAGGCCAUGCUGAUUGUCCCUAAGGUCCAGGUCCCUUUCGAUUCACUGGAGGAGAUGGUGGAGCAGCGUGCCAUUCAGUGGAUAAUUGUAAAAGGGUCCAUUGUCCAAAGUUUCUUUGAGCAUCUCUUGGCACGACAGGCUGCUUACAAUAGAGACCCGACUUCUGUCAUGGGCAGAGGGUGGGCAAGGCGACAUGGGGUGGUGGCAGGUCCUGAAAUCUACUGGAACUACAUGAUCAGUGGAUAUGCAGGCCUGUUGGUGCGCUACUCUGCCAUAUAUCGACUGUCGCAGGAUUUUGACCAGACGGGAAAGUGUCGCCUGACAAUGGCCCGCAAAGGCUUUUUGCCUGUCACCUACAGUUUCGGAUUCCCCAAAGACUCGCCGCUGAAAGAACAUAUCGACCCUCUACUGAAGGAAUUCGGUCUGAUCGACAAAUUCCUGAAGGAGGACACGAGCAACGCCACUCAGUGCCUCAAGUUCCCGGGGACUGAGAAAAACUCCGACCUUCGGCCCUUGGCGCUCGGCGACUUCUACGGCGUCUUCUGCCUCUACGCCGUCGCCAAAAAACACGUACAGAAGCAAAGUUCCAAGUUUGGUUUAGUUCUAGAGUUUAAAGCGGUACACACCAAUACACAACAAAACCUAAGGCGCCACAUUGUUUUGAAAGUUGAGAUUGGUUGUCCUCUACAUUUGACUACGAAGAAGCUCUCUGAUUGGUUUCCGCCAGCAUGUGCCUCUGAUAGUAGCAAUAUUUUCGGGUUUGUGAAAGCAAAACCUGGGGCAUCCCUGGCUGGUGCUGGCCAGUACAAAUUAACCGUCAGGGUUGUAAAUAUUAAUUGUAAUCAACACGUCCAGCAAUAUCCUAACUGGCAUGUAAAAGAGUCAGACACAACCUUUUCUUGUAGUUCCAGCGACGACACAGUAACGGGUAAUCCAGGGAAUGUAGUGAACUCUAAUACUUAA